GUCUCAGUACUACUGGCUAUGAUGACACCCCAAGUAAUAACUCCUCAACAAAUGCAGCAAAUUCUGCAACAGCAAGUGCUGACCCCUCAGCAGCUCCAAGUCUUACUACAGCAACAGCAGACACUCAUGAUACAGCAGCAGCAACUUCAGGAGUUUUAUAAGAAGCAACAAGACCAGCUGCAUCUUCAUCUUCUCCAAAGGCAAUCACGUGCUGGAAAGCAGAAUAAACAGCAGCAAGCAGCAUCUCAGCAGUUGGUCUUUCAGCAACAGCUCCUUCAGGUUCAGCAGCUUCAACAGCAACACCUUUUGAACCUUCAGCGGCAAGGCUUGCUUACCAUUCAGACCAUCCAACCAGGACAGAGUGCUCUGUCUUUGCAGCCCCUACACCAAGGAAUGAUUUCCACUGAACUUCAGCAGCUCUGGAAAGAAUUGACUGGAAAAGAUGAAUGUGCUGGUAACAGCCACAACAAUGUUGAUCUAACUGCUAGUCCUGUCAAGUCACCUACUACACUGAAAAGUUCUUCAAUUGUUAACCAUCAAACAGCUUCAAACGGACAUCAAAUGAGUCAAAUGCAGAAAAGAGAACAGACCUGCAAUGAAGAUUACCAGCAGAGUCAUCCUCUUUACUGUCAUGGUGUGUGCAAGUGGCCAGGCUGUGAAGCUGUAUUUGAAGACUUUCAAUCCUUCAUCAAACAUCUUAACAAUGAGCAUGCUUUGGAUGACCGAAGUACAGCACAGUGUCGAGUGCAGAUGCAAGUUGUGCAACAGCUAGAAUUACAGCUUGCUAAAGAUAAAGAACGCCUUCAAGCAAUGAUGACACAUCUUCAUGUGAAAUCUACUGAGUCAAAACUCACCACCCAACCUCUGAACCUGGUAUCCAGUGUCACGGUCUCUAAAACUGUAUCAGAAGUAUCUCCACAGAGCUUACCUCAAACACUUACCACACCAGCUACACCUCUUACCAUUGUCAACCAGGGACCAUCUGUAAUAUCUCCAACUAGCAUUCAUAAUGUUGGGCCAAUCAGAAGACGGUAUCCAGAAAAAUACAAUAUGUCCAUCUCUCCAGAUAUUGUUCAGAACAAAGAGUUUUAUAUGAAUGCUGAAGUAAGGCCUCCAUUUACUUAUGCCUCCUUAAUACGGCAGGCAAUACUUGAGUCUCCUGAAAAGCAGCUAACACUUAAUGAAAUUUAUAACUGGUUCACAAGAAUGUUUGCAUAUUUCAGACGCAAUGCUGCAACAUGGAAGAAUGCAGUCCGCCAUAAUCUUAGUCUUCACAAGUGUUUUGUACGAGUAGAAAAUGUUAAAGGUGCUGUUUGGACAGUGGAUGAACUGGAGUUCCAAAAACGAAGGCCUCAAAAGAUAAGUGGUAAUCCAGCUCUUGUAAAAAAUUUUCAAAACAGCCUUGCCUUUGGCACAGCACUCAAUGCUGCAUUUCAGGCAUCAAUGGCAGAAAACAACAUACCUCUAUACACUACAACUACAUUAGUGGAGAGUACCAAUCUAAAUUCAAUGACAAAUGUAAUACAUGAAGACGUAAAUGGAGAAGUUGAGUCCAGGAACAGUAUCAGAGUUGACAUGAGCCCAAAGAACUCUCCAUUGCAGGCUAUUCAUCCAAUCAGUGUUAAGGAGGAGCCACUGGAAACAGAAGACCAAGAAGGCCCUUUGUCUCUUGUGAGAACAGCCAACCUGAGCCCAGCUUUUAACCACGACAGACAUUUUGAAGAUCCAAUGAAUGAGAAUAUGUAACAAACAAACAAAAAGUCAAAAGUUAAAAACAGAAAAAAACUCUUUAAAAUGAUCUCUGAAAUAUUUUGGUAAAAUUUCCAAGAUCUAGAGAAUGGUGCAUCCAUUUUUGACCGCUAUAUUUUUGACUCUUAGUGCCAUGAAAUAAAAAUAGCCAUUUGCAUUUUUAA